AUGACAAAUUCUAUGAAUUCUCCUUCUUUCAACAAAAAUAAUUCUGGAGUGCUUAUUAACGAUAUGAAUGAAUUACAUCUUCUAGAAAAAUUAAUAGAAUACCAAUCUGAAAUUCAAGAUGAAUUCGAAGAUUAUAUAAAUAACACUGGAUCUUCAAAAUCAUACGCAUCCUCCUAUCAUCACCGUCAUAAUCAACGCACCAGUGAUAAUAAUAAUGAUGAAAAAGCUCCUUUAUUAUCAUUGGAUGAAGACGAAGACUUGGAAGCAGCAGGUGAUGAUGCAGAAGCUUUAAUGAAAAAGAACGAAGUGAUUCGAUCUGCUAUCGAGAAAAUAAAAAAAGUUACAGAGGAACAAGAAAAAGAAUUACGUUACAAAGAGGAAGAACUUCAAGAAUUAUAUGAAACAUUUGCUGAAUUAAACAAUAAUGACAUGAUUUACAACAAUAAUGAAAUCCAAUCAUCCACACCAUCAUCUUCAUCCUCCUCAUCCUCAUCACCAUCUUCUUCAUCCACCUUAUCAUCCACAUGCUCGUCAUUGUCGCCUACACGUAUGUUCAAGCCGGUAAUAGACCUCUAA